AUGCUUAGAAGAGCAUCGCCAACAAGGGAGCCACCACCAAGUGUCCGGGAUUACAAUGUUGCUUUAGCAAAAGCCCCUGUGCAACCGAGGAUUGACAUCGGGUCAUGGAGUGCCAAGGGAAAGAAAGCGAAGGAAGCUAUUGGUGUGGCAUGGUCCAAAUUUUUUCACACUUCAGGCAUUCCUGGCAGAAGGGCGGACGAUGCAUUCUUUAUCGCUGCAGUGAAAGAAACACAAAAAUGGGGCGAGGGUGUACCAUCUCCAACAGGGCGGGAUAUAGAUGGUAAGUAUCUGGACGAGAACGAAAAUGCUUUAAAGAAAAUAUUUGACAAGUGGAAGCUAGAAUGGCCAGAAUAUGGUGUUACUGUAAUGUGCGAUUCGUGGACGGGACCGACGCACAUGAGCAUUAUUAAUUUCCUCAUAUAUUGCAAUGGUCGUAUGUUUUUUCACAAGUCUGUUGAUGCGACCGGCUACAGUCAAGAUGCUAAAUAUUUGAAUAAGGAGAUAAGAGCAGUGGUAACUGAUUUAGGUCCAGAAAAUAUUGUACAGAUUGUGACUGAUAACGGGUCCAACUAUAAGAAGGCAUGCCAGGUUUUGAGAAGGGAAUAUCCUACUAUCGCGUGGCAGCCUUGUGUGGCACACACGAUAAAUUUAAUGUUGAAGUCGGUUGGCGAUUUUAGAGAACACGACAUUGUCAUCCAAAGUGCAAGGGCUAUAUCACGAUGGCUGUACAAUCAUUCGAAACUACAUGAAAUGAUGAAGGCAGCAAUUGGUGGAGAGUUGGUGAGGUGGAAUGCCACAAGAUUUGGAACUAACUACCUAUUUCUUGAUAGCUUUCUACGACGAAAGGACAGGUUCAUGCAAUGGAUGGCAUCUAGUGAGCUCCAGCAGUCUCGAUACAUUAGUUCUGAUAUUGGAAGAUAUGCACAUAGUUGCCUAUCCAGCUUACCAUGGUGGGACAAUCUAAAAAUUGUUGUUGAUUCCGUCCAGCCAUUGUAUGCAUUCCUCCGUUUUGCGGAUCAGGACAAAGUGCCAACAUUGAGUGAGGUGCUCCUGAGAUACACCAUUGUGAAGCAUGAGUAUGAAUCAUUGUAUAAGAAUGAUAGGGAUUCUUUGGAUAAGUACAUGGCAAUUGUCGAUCGUAGAAUGAAUGAUCUAGCCAAUGGGACAUACAUGAAUGCCGCGGCCGCUUUGAACCCCCGCACGCACUACGCGUAUGGCACAGGUCCAACCUUGUUCGAAGAUCUCCGUGAGGCAUUUGAGCGGCUGACUGAUGUUACUACUGCCGCGGAAGCACUUAUUGAGGCUGAAACGUAUCGGACAAAGUCUCUCUCAUUCUCAGGUCCUCUAGCUGCACGGAUGGCUUGUGACGGCAGGACUCAUCCAGGUACGAAGAUUUUUACAUAUCUAUCUGAGCCUCAUAUCACUAUACUUACUUUUCUGAGCCUCAUAUCACUAUACCUACUUGCAGCGCAAUGGUGGUCCAUGUUUGGUUCAUCUACACCUACACUAUCAAUGCUUGCUAGACGCCUAGUGUCACAGUGCGCCUCAUCUAGUGGUUGUGAGAGGAACUGGAGUACAUUUGCUUUCAUCCACACCAAAGUUCGCAACCGAUUAAGCUACAAGAAGCUCCAUAAGUUGGUGUAUGUCAACUACAACCUGAGAAUACAGAACAACUUGGAUGCAGGUAUCAGGUCAACUCUUGAUGAUGAUCCAUUUCAGCGGCUUAUGGAGCUCACAUUGAAUGAGGAUAACAAUCCGCUCCGGGACUGGAUGGAGACCGGGAGAUCAAAUGCAGCCCCUGAGCUUGACGAGGAGGACACAGAUAGCGACGUACCCUUGCCUACUCACCUGGUGACAGACACAGUGAACACACCUGACUUGCAACAAUGGGCUGCUACAACGGUUGGUGACACACACACGGGAAAGAGGAAGAAGCAAAUGACGCAAAGAAGGAAGAGCAAGAGGACUAAGGGCAAGGGCAAAAGACAAGUACAAAGCGAUGAGAGCACGAAUAGUGACCCAAAGAGCCCAACUUACCAAGAAUCGAAUGACAGCAGCUCAAAGACUGACAGCGGUGAUGAUGAUGGUCAGGGCGGUGAUGCUCAUCCAGGCCAAACAUCUGUCGUUCCUCCUGUGCAAUUCACUGGUGAGAGUCAGUUUUCACAUGCCACGCAAGAUCAGGAUCACGGUGCUCCAUCCUCACCAAGGCAUAUAACACAUGGUGGCCACGAUGGACCACAGGAUAGUGCGAGCUAUUCCAGCAGCUAUGGCAUGGAGAGUAGUUCUGGAUCGACAAACUUGGGCUGA